CCGUCGGCCAACAUCGACCGGAAGCUGGCGAAUCUUUGCCCAUGCUACGUGCUUGACACAUAGUUUAGGAUCGUUAUGGAUGACGAUAGUGCUGAGAUCGAGCUCCUAGAGCAGAACCUCAACAAAACGCACCAGAUCUCACAGCGGAUGACUUCUAUCCUGACGAAUUUUGACACUCGUCUCGUGAAACUUGAGAAGUCUAUCCUACCACUAUACAACUCGACACAAAAGCUUAAACAACGGGCUCAUAAUAUUGAUCGCGCUCUGCUAAAGAUCGACGAGGUUGCUAGUAGUCAAGAUGGCAUUGCCGUAGAAGAAGGCCUGAUUUUACGGGGGCCACAACUUGGUCAGCUUGAUGCCUACAUUGAUAUUCUUGAACGCCUCAAUGCUGCCAUUGCAUUCAAGUCUUCUGAUGCAGAUUCAAGGGAUAUGGCGCGACUGUUCGAGACUGGUGCGAAGAAGCUUUCCCAGUUGUACACGAAGCUUGUCGCAGAAGGCUCUUCAGGAUCUCCACCCGUUUCAGGUCUUGCAUUCAUGCUCACUGAGUUCCCCCCUUCCUUGAUGUCCUCCCUUACACCCCUGGUCACCUUCCUCCGUACUCUGCCCCUUCCAUCAACUCAUCCCUCUCACCCCGCUGCUUCGGCUAUCUUAAAUACGCUCAAAGAUGCGCAGCGAGGGUAUGCGGACAUGCGCGGGAAUUGGAGUCGUAAAGCGCUUGAAAUGCAUUCACGGCGGGUUGUAGACCGAGCCGAGACUCUAGAUGGCGUGGCUGCUGGAAAGGAGUUCAGCGUCUGGAUAGAUAGUUUGCUCAAAGUCACCGAGACCGAAUACAUUCUCUUCGCCGAACUCGCACCGCUGUCUAGCAACACCCUCAUUGCAUCGACUUACGAUACCCUUCUUACUCCUCUCCUAACCCUCUUCACGGAUACCUUGUCAUCUCUGACAUCCCUCAUUAAGCGCUCACUACACAAGUACACGUUCCACGCGCUUUCUGCAUUUUCUGCUCUAUCGAUGUCUCAGAGUCGCUGGGAAUCUGUGUUGGCAAGACGUGGACGGGAGGGGAAUGAGUUGCGAGAUGGGCUUAAUGCGAUCCGUGGAGUAUGCCUCAGGAGCUUUCCCGAAUUAUUGGCUGAUUUGAAGCUUGCCGCUGUCGGCAAGGGGGGCAAUGACCUGAGUGUCAGCUUAGCGGACAUCACUAUAUCGACCGUACAGUAUUUGAAUCGCAUACCGGAUGUCCAGGACGCUGUCGGGUCUGCGCUGUCUGCGCUCGGGGAUGGAAACUGGAGAAUGGGUGACGGAAAGCAAGUAGGGAAAACUGCAAAGUCCAACUCUGUAGAUGUGAACGAAAAAGUCUUGAUUCAGCACUUUGUUUACGACGUCAUGAAUACUCUAAUCGGGAGCCUCACAACUUUGUCACGCACACAACGCCGACCUCCCUUCGGUUCCGUGUUUCUCCUCAACAACAUUUCGCAUCUUGUGUCUCACCUCGUCUUGCGCCCUACAAAUCCCAACACACCUUCCCUGCUGUCUAAGCCCACGACAGACUUCCUCACCUCGUCAUGGCGCACUGCAAAGGCAGGUUAUUUUGAUGCCAACUUCUCACCCCUCAUGCAGGCGCUCGCCGACGACACACGAGAUAAGACGAGCGGCAGUGGUUGGAAGGCGGCAACGAAGGAGAAGUUUACGCGCUUUUAUGACCUGCUUGAAGAGGUUGGAGAACGACAUCGGAUGGCAAAAGUGUUGGAUGAGGAUCCAGAGGAGAGGAGCGCCGUUGGGGAAGAGGUAGUGAAGCUGGUUGUUCCAUCAUUGCAACGGUUCAUGCAAAAGCAGAAGGAGAGAGAGUUCAGCAAGAAUCCUCAAAAGUAUAUCAAGCUGUCUCCUGAAGAGGUGGAGUCCCGGAUCAGGAAUUUCUACAACUAGUUGUCCAUUCACAUUAUAAUCGGACUUCGUUCUACGUUAUUUCCCUCCCUGUCUUGCUGGUACGAGUCGAUCAUCAAGUAGGGUUUUCUGCUACAAGUUAGGCCCGGCCACACCGAUCAGCAUUAGAGUUGUACGCCGCAUGGUCUAACAAGGAACUCUACGAUGCACGAACGUCGAAUAGGCUCCAUGUUAUGCUUGUCCGAUGUUCGUGUUACCCAAUAGCCUGUAGACUGAUCAUAAUGAUCAUAUGCGCACGCUGACGUGGUUGUAUCCCAAUUGUAAUUACAGGUAACCAAUCGGACUAGCUUCUCCCAUUGCAGAUUAUAUGCAGACUCUUGAAUGCCGAUAAAAAGCGUUUUGCCAAGUAGCGCGAGGUCAAGGGCUUUGUAUGUUGUGCCUCUGAA